GCAAUGCAGAGAUCAGCUUGCAACGAAGCCGCCACUGCUACGGGGAACAGCGACAUGAUCAGCAAGCUGCCCAAUGACCUCUUGCUCAACAUACUGGAGAGGGUGGAGACCCUUGACGCGAUAAGGACAUGCAUCCUAUCCAAGCGAACGCUCAAGCUCCCGACCAUGUUCUCACGAUUUGACAUAGAUAUUGCUUCCAUUGCACGCCACAUAGAUGAAUCCAGUGAUUUCACUCUUCGUGAUGUGGUCCGCAUCAAUGGCGUUGUGGCUGAUGUCACUGAAAACAUCAUGUUUGGGAGAAGCAGGGAUAUCACCAUCCGCAAGCUGCACGUGAGGUUCAUCCUCAGGCGCUAUGACUGUCUCUCCAUUGGCACAUCCGUUGGCCGUGCAAUGGCAACCAACAAGGUUGAGGCAGCAGAGUUUGAGAUCCUUACGGAGAAGGUUCAUGAGGGUUGCACGCCGGCUGAUCUGCUCAACUUUGCGACUCAGUUCAAUACUUUUCUUGGCGCUUCUCCUGAUGCAUUCGCUGGCCUCACCCGCCUGCUGCUGAGGAAUAUGAGGUUUGGUGAAUCUGGCAUUCCCAACAUCCUCAGCACUUGCAAGUGCUUGAAGUCUUUGCACUUAACCUACUGUGACUCUGGGAUCAAUUCUGUGCUACAAGUUGAACAUGAUCAACUCAUUGAAUUUUUUAUCGACUAUGGACAAUUUCAAAAAGUGGAGCUCGUCUGUCUACCGAAACUCGAACAUGUGAGCUAUAAUAAUUGGGUCUCUUGUGAGAAUCUUCUGUCUUUUGGCUUCGUCCCACGGCUUUCAAAGCUAAGCCUCACGAAAGCUGGGACUCGUUCGCACAAGACCCUAGAGUUAAGUCAGCUCCUUGCUGAUGUUCCCUCCAUAACCGAAAUGCAUCUGGAUUUUGAAAGUGAAAAGAUUUGGGUUCUACCAGAAUGCCCAACAUUGCUUGCUCCUGUGCUCGGCAAACUACAAUUUGUGAAUCUGGACAAUCUUCCUGAAGGCUGUGAUAUUGAUUGGACAAUGUUUAUCCUUGAAGCUGCACCAUCAGUAAAAGAGCUAUGCAUCUCAGUACGGGAUCAUUGGUGCACCAUUGUGACAGACAAGAAGCUUCGACAUGAAUAUGGCUACCUCGACAAAGCUAACGUGGCGUGGAAGCCAUCUGCUUCUAACUUCAAGCACAAGAACCUAGCUAAGCUUACCAUUUACGGCUUCCAACUUGAUGACAAUUCCGUGCGAUACAUCAGUUGUGUCAUUGAAGCUGCGGUGAAUCUGAAGGAGGUAUCUCUGCACGACCGUAAGUCAUGUGAUGGGUAUUGUGCUGGUGAUUUGGACCCGAAGAUCAAAGUCUGCCCGUCGAGGUAUCCAGGGACCCCUGAGGAGAGGAUGUGUGUUACCAAGGAGUUGGGGAUGGCGUCUUCUUGCGUGGUUCACUUUCGGUCCUAAUUGAAUUAGGACAUGCAGCCUAGAGUUUGGGGAUGGCCUGGUCUCAUGUGGUUCAUUCCUAGUCCUAAGUGAAUUAGGACAUGCAAUGUGGUCUUGUGUGGUUCACUUCUGUUCCUAGUUGAAUUACGACA